AGAAGGAGCACCAUAACUACGUUAUGGCCCUGUUAAAUAUAUUUAUACCAUCAAAUUUCAUCUUGCGCCAUGAAGAAAUGAAGGAAAGCAUGAGGGAAGCAGGGGGGUUGGAGCUGAAGAUCUCUACAGGCCCCUCUCAACCCGUACAAUUCUGUGAUUCUGCGAAAUUAACUCAGGGAAAAUCCUGGAAGGAAUUUGUGCCUCAUGCAGUGCUGCAUGCGAUGGAAGACAGAGAAAAGCUAGUCCAGGUCCUGGACUCAAAGCAGGGCCAGCUGGAGCAGCUUGCAGUGAGGGCACCCAGAAUGGCCUCCAUGCAGCUGCACGGUUGCCGGGUGGCGGUGCGGUGACAUCGUGACGGCAUUGUGAUGCAACAGUGGGUGAGCGUGACAUAAAGCUGCAGGCUGGGACUCUGGCUGGGGUGGCCUCAGUUCGCUGCUGCUGGAGCGAGAGGUGGCAGCGGAAGGUCGCAGUUCUCAGAGAGUUCCUGCAAGGAGCCAUGGAGCGCUGUGGCACUGCUGGAUUCCGAAAUCCGGAUGCCCUUCUGAGCAUCGUGGGGAAGAGCGGAAAGCUCCGACCCGGAGGACAGGAAGUUGGAGCAGGAGGUAGCGGGCUGCUGGACCUCCCACUCGGGGUCAAAAUCCCUGUGCAGCCUGGCACCAAGCCUGUCUUCUGCAGGACAAAGCUGGGGGAAAAGCUUCACCAGCCUUCUCCUCAUUUUGAUCUGGGAGAUCCGUACAGUCGCCAUCUGAGCACAGAAUACAACAGCCUGCAUGACCCAUAUCUGCAGAACUACCACAACCGCAAAGACAACCUGCAGAACCUGAAGAACAGGGGCCUUGUCACCAAGGCUGGCAAAGUUGUCUGCACUCUGAAAGAGUUCAAUGAGUACAGGCAGUACCUGACCAGGCUGAAGCUGGAGCAGGAGAAAAUAAAGAGGCAAGAAGAGGAAAAUCUUGGUCAGGAGAUGCCCGGUUCGAAGAAAUCUGCCUGCAGAAUGCCAACGGACAUGCAGAAAUCUUGCCUGCGCUCAGCCACUACUGCGGACGUGGUUGCGGAGGAGAAAGCCAGUCCACUGCAGCCUCCCAGAACAGCUGGCCCUCCUCCUAGAAAUACUCGUCCGUCUGGUCAAAAUAGAAGGCUGAAAGUGGCUUUGGUUCAGGAAGACCUUCAGAGAGAUUCAAAGAGCACAGGGCGUGCAACGAAGCUGCCUGUCAGGUUGCCUAAACUUGAGACAAGCAGCAAAGCUGGCGAGCUCCCUGCAAAGAUCCGUUCUGAAACUGCCUCAAGAAGGAAGCCACGAUUCCACGGAGAUCGUGAGUUCAGAGCUGUGUCUGAACAGCACAGGGAAGACCAGAGUCUUCAAGAGGCAGUUAAGACUCAGGCGACAGAAGCCUUGGAUGGCGUGAAGGCAGAGUUGGGUGCUGAAUGUUCUGAAACCAUCGAGCUUCCCAACAGCCGUCUCUCUCAGAGGCAGCCGCAGCCAUCCCAGGUGCCUCUGUCAUGGCAGAGCAGGACGGCAGGACCAGGCUCAUCAGAAGAGCAGAGCCUGGCAACAAGCCGGAGAGAAAAGCUGCCCCUGAUCCAACCAGUGCCAAGCACUGUUGACAUCUCUUGUCUGAUUCGCCGCAUUGUACAGGAGAGCAUUGAAAAUGCUGUCUCCAGAGUGAAGGAGGAGGAGCAAGAAGAAUCGCUCCGUAGGCGUGCCAAAUCCAUUGUCACCAGUGCAGUUUUAAGAGCAAAGAAUCGUUUAGAGGAUGAGCUGCACCAAAGGCCUUAAGCCUAUGGAACUACUGGACCACCUAAACCCCUCCACCCAUCCUGCUCAUGCCUCGGUCACCGUGUCAUCUACUCGUAACAACAGUCUCGUACGCAUGUCCAAACAAGGGGGGAAGUUCCUUUCAACCUACCGCAACAUAAAUAAAUAAACCAACAUUCCAAAAAAAAAAAAAAAAUUGUCA